GUGCAGUGCAUUAAUCUCGCUAUACAAGCGAUCCAGAGCGCGACAGCUCGCGAUGCAAAGGAUUGGGCACCUUUAUUCCGUAGUGCUGAUGUGAGGUUCGAACUGGGAGAUAUUACGAAUCCGCCUGGGUCAAACCCAUGCUUGAGAUAUGCAACGUGGUAA